AUGCCAUACUCCAACGUCAAAAAACAAGAGGCUAUCGCAGAGCUGGAGAGCAUGUCCUCGGCAGCGAAGACAAAGAUGUGGCGUCGGUCGAACUCCCGGAAGUCGCUUUUGUCCACUCGAGCGAGCAGUACGGACUCUACCAUGCAAGUGGAUGUCGAGGACGAGUUUCUGCACGCGGCAGAGUUCGGUGACAUCAUGACGGUACGGCGUCUGAUUGGCGACAACCCUGACCUGAACGCCGACUGUAUCGAUGUGCUGGGCCGCACCGCCCUCAGGCUUGCUGUCCGGAACGAACACCUUGAGGUAGUUGAGAUUUUGUUGGAGCGCUCAAGUCGCCAGCACGUUAAUGAGGCGGUUCUGCAGGCCAUCAGCGCCGGCCACGUACAGAUAGCUGAAAGCAUCCUGAAGCAUAAAAGAUAUUAUGAGAUUUGGAAGGACAGAAAGAAAUUCGGAGAUGACGAUCACUUCUUCAAGACACAGUUCGAGGACUCCCAAUUUUCCCCCGAUAUCACGCCUCUCAUCCUUGCAGCACAGAAGAAUCAGUACGAAAUUGUACAGCUGCUGCUACUGCGUGGGGAACGGAUCAGGAGUCCACACAAGUUCAGCUGUCUAUGUCAGGAAUGCGUGAACAAACGAAAGUUUGACCAGCUACGGGCUGCUAAACACCGUCUGAAUGCAUACAAAGGUAUGGCGAGUGACGCGUACAUCUCGCUGUCCAGCAAGGAUCCAAUACUUACAGCCUUUCAACUCUCCAGGGAACUCACACAACUUUCCAAGGCGGAGAAGUGUUUCAAACAAGAGUAUAAAGAGCUGACUCGACAGCUGAGUGAGUACGUUGUCAAAUUACUAGACCGAGUGCGGACUCAGGACGAACUGGAACUCGUCCUCAACAAGACUGGCAAACCCAGCGAGGACCGCUACAGCACUCUCGCGAGGCUCAAACUUGCAGUGCAGUAUAAAGAGAAAAAGUUUGUUUCCCACCCAAGCUGCCAACAGCGUCUGGACAAGAGCUGGUUCGAGGGCGUAGACGGCUUUAAAAAAGCUGGCUUCUUUAAACGUUUCGCUCUCAUCUCCGCCUUCUCGCUCGCCUAUCCCUUCCUGGUCAUCCUCUACAUCAUUGCUCCUAACGCCAACAUUAAGGUGCUGAAGCCGCUCAAAUACCCGUGGGUAAAAUUCGCUGCGCACACUCUCUCGUUCAUCGCCUUCCUUGGAAUGAUCGCUGUCCACACGGCGCAGGCCUCAUAUUCGUACAAACAGAACCACACCCUCGGUGCGCUGUAUCCUGGUCUGUUCCAGAAGUAUUCAGAUCUGCGGAACACCUCGACCAGCUUCGCAUACGGCUCCGAUCUGCCUGUCCGCCCUAUGCUUCCAAGCCCGCUACAGAUGCUCAUAUCCUUCUGGAUUCUUGGUUAUCUUUACCACGAGUGUGUUCAGUUGUACCAGUCUGGUUUGAAUGCCUACAUAUCUUCACUCUACAAUCUUAUGGACUUCACCAUUCUCGUUGUCUACAUCUGCUCCUUCACCCUCAAAUACGUCACCAUGAUCAAGGUCUACGUCGCCAUUUUGUACUUUGAGUCACGUGAUGUGGGUGGCCUGGUUGGCAACCCUGACGGGACACAGAACAGUAUUUACUGGAUCGUUGCUGACCGGUUCUUCUGGCAGACGUGGGACCCCAUUAACCUGUCCGAGGGGCUGUUUGCCGUGGCUAACGUGCUUAGUUUUUCCCGGAUAUCAUAUUUUCUUCCGGUCAACGCCGCUUUAGGACCGCUUCAAAUUUCUGUUGGCCGUAUGAUCAAGGAUAUCCUGAAGUGCCUAUGUCUUAUAAUUAUGGUGGGUAUUGCGUUCAUGGUUGGCCUACAGAAUGUGUACUGGUACUACAAUGUACGGGAAGGGAUCGAAGUGCUAAAACGGGAUUUACAUGUGCCUGCAGCGGAUGCAUUUGGAGAUGUAGUGAAGACGUUCCGGACGGUGUUUUGGUCUGUGUUCGGUCGGGGCGGAAGUGAGGUGGUCACGCUGGGUGAAUACGAUCACUACCUGACCGAGAACUUCGGAUACCUUCUGUACGGACUGUACAACGUCAUCAUGGUCACCGUGCUUAUUAAUAUGCUCAUCGCUAUGAUGGCGAGGUCCUACCAGACUAUUGCAGAUGGUGCGGACGUUGAGUGGAAGUUUGCCCGUAGCAUCCUGUACCUGGAGUACAUGGGGCCGGGUCAGGUACUUCCCGUGCCCCUCAACUUGCUGCGCAUCCCCCGGGCAAUGUUCGAGUGGAUGUGUGACCGCUGUGAUCUCGCCGAGGAAAACCUUGAGCCGCCCCCUGACCUAGAUAUAUACGGAAAUGAUGUUACCAAUGACAACUCUGAGCCUUUACAAGUGCGUAACGUCAGUCGACGUUUAGUUCACACCCAUUCCACCAUUUCUGACUCCUCCAUGCCAGAACUGGGAGAGAACGGGCUCAAGGGGAGAGGGACGGCACCUGUUCUGGAGAGCAAUGCCAAGGUCGGUCGUAGGGAGGCAAAGAUGAAUGGGCACCGUCGAAGUCUGCCGGGCUUCAGCGAUGUAGGAAACAGUUACCAGAAGGUCCUCCAGCGUAUUGUGCAGAGAUAUAUAUUCGACAUUCAACGCGAAGCAGAGGUAACUGAAGAUGACUUCGAGGAGAUCAAACAGGAUCUGUCCAGUUUCCGGUACGAGAUGAUGAGCAUGUUGAAGAAUCAGCAACUCCAGGAAAUUACCACGCCCUCCAAACUAAAACGUGUUAUCAACGACCUGAUGUAUGGCGGCGAUGAGCCGGUGGACAGGCGGAGGUUGGUGCUAAGCAAGCUUCGGAAGAUGCAGAUGAGCUCCGGCUACACAAGCGGCCUCGGCUCCGUGGAUGACGGGGACGAGGGAGAGGACGAGACCAUUCAGGUGGAGAGGGGCGGUUGUCGGAGGGGCGACAAGAUAACCAUGAACGGCGGCCCGGGUGUCCAUCACCCUGGUUCCGACAUCCAUCACUCUGGGCAAGAUAUCGGUAACUGUGUUAAACGCGAUCGCAAUGAUUCCGGCGUAGAAGCGGAAGUACCACGCCAACGCCCUGAGGACGGGGCGUACUCCGUGGAUGAGGCAGUAAGUGAUAACGGUAUAGUAGAUGACUUACAAUAUGAUGAACAUGAGCGGCAAUCAAAAUCAGACGACAAUGAUGCAACCCCUGACGUGGAGGCCACGCAUUCUGAGGAUGGAGUCCUUGAGAAUAACGGCAACUCCGGUUACUGGGGUGAGGCUGAAAGUCCUGGGGCGGGGUCAGCCAGGGCGGUGAUGGGUUAUGACAACGUGGGUUACGUCAAGCAACAGGACUGA